CCCCUCUGGACCGCUCCUUCGCGGCCUCUGUCGCAGCCGCCUGGACCCGACCGUUUGGCCGCUGCCGCUGCUGCUGCUGCGGGACGCGGAAGGAGGGAGACGCGCCCGGUGGAGACACGGGUACCUAUAGAAUUGGACAUACAGAUCCAGGAUCCAUUCAAACUAUAUCACCUUGAAUCAAAGAUUUAUUUGAUACCUUCCUCCAUCUUUUAUUCAUAUCAGUUAACAUCGUUCAAAAAAAAGUUGACAAAUUUAUCAUAGGGAUUUUUAAAAAAUAAUAAUAACCAAACUUUCCAAUGCCGAAGAAUAGCAAGGUGGUGAAAAGAGAAUUAGACGAUGAAGUUAUUGAGUCUGUCAAAGACCUUCUCUCCAAUGAAGACUCAGCUGAUGAUGCUUUUAAGAAGAGUGAACUAAUUGUUGAUGUUCAGGAGGAAAAAGAUACAGAUAUUGAAGAGGAAUUGGAAGUUGAAGAUGAAAGACCAGCUUGGAACAGUAAACUACAAUACAUCCUGGCCCAAGUUGGAUUUUCUGUAGGUUUAGGAAAUGUGUGGCGAUUCCCCUAUCUGUGUCAGAAGAACGGAGGUGGUGCCUAUCUUUUGCCAUAUUUAAUACUGCUUCUGGUAAUAGGUAUUCCUCUUUUUUUCCUGGAACUUUCUGUGGGUCAAAGAAUUCGGCGAGGAAGCAUUGGUGUAUGGAAUUACAUAAGCCCUAAACUGGGUGGCAUUGGAUUUGCAAGUUGUGUAGUGUGCUUUUUUGUGGCUCUUUACUACAAUGUCAUCAUUGGCUGGAGUUUGUUUUAUUUUUCUCAGUCUUUUCAGCAACCUCUACCUUGGGAUCAAUGUCCUUUGGUGAAAAAUGCUUCACAUACUUUCGUGGAACCAGAAUGUGAAAAAAGUUCCGCCACCACCUAUUACUGGUACAGAGAAGCCCUGAAUAUUUCCAAUUCCAUUUCUGAGAGUGGGGGCUUAAACUGGAAAAUGACCGUCUGCUUGCUGGCCGCCUGGGUUGUAGUUUGCUUGGCUAUGAUCAAAGGCAUUCAAUCUUCUGGAAAAAUCAUGUAUUUUAGUUCUCUUUUCCCAUAUGUGGUACUUAUAUGCUUCCUAAUCAGAGCAUUCCUUUUAAAUGGUUCAAUUGAUGGCAUCCGCCACAUGUUUACCCCUAAGCUUGAAAUGAUGCUGGAGCCCAAGGUCUGGAGAGAAGCUGCCACCCAGGUGUUCUUUGCCUUAGGUCUGGGCUUUGGUGGCGUCAUCGCCUUUUCAAGCUACAACAAAAGAGACAACAAUUGCCACUUCGAUGCUGUCCUGGUGUCCUUCAUUAACUUUUUUACAUCUGUCCUGGCAACACUGGUGGUGUUUGCAGUUCUGGGCUUCAAAGCAAAUGUCAUAAAUGAGAAAUGCAUCGCAGAAAAUUCGAAAAUGAUCGUAAAAUUUUUGAGAAUGGGCAACAUUAGUCAGGACAUUAUUCCUCAUCAUAUCAACCUGUCAUCUGUUACUGCAGAAGAUUAUCAUUUAGUUUAUGACAUCAUUCAAAAAGUGAAAGAAGAAGAGUUUCCUGCUCUUCAUCUCAAUUCCUGCCAAAUUGAAGAUGAGCUAAAUAAAGCUGUUCAGGGCACUGGGUUAGCUUUUAUUGCCUUUACAGAAGCAAUGACACAUUUCCCUGCAUCUCCCUUUUGGUCAGUGAUGUUCUUCCUCAUGCUGGUCAAUCUAGGGCUUGGCAGCAUGUUUGGAACCAUUGAAGGGAUCAUCACACCUAUUGUGGACACUUUCAAAGUGAGGAAAGAAAUUCUUACUGUUAUCUGUUGUCUUCUGGCAUUUAUUAUUGGCCUGAUAUUUGUGCAACGUUCUGGAAAUUACUUCGUUACAAUGUUUGAUGAUUAUUCUGCUACGUUGCCUCUGCUAAUUGUAGUCAUUUUGGAGAAUAUUGCUGUUUCCUUUGUUUAUGGCAUAGAUAAGUUUAUGGAAGACCUGAAAGAUAUGCUGGGCUUUGCUCCCAACAGAUAUUACUACUAUAUGUGGAAAUAUAUUUCUCCUCUAAUGCUGUUAUCACUAUUAAUAGCUAGUGUUGUGAAUAUGGGAUUAAGUCCUCCUGGCUAUAAUGCAUGGAUUGAAGAUAAGGCAUCUGAAGAAUUCCUGAGCUAUCCACUGUGGGGAAUGAUUGUCUGCAUCUUGCUGAUGGUCCUGGCAGUGCUCCCUGUGCCAGCCGUCUUCAUCAUUCGUCGCUGCAACCUGAUAGACAAUAGUUCUGGUAAUUUAGCAUCUGUGACCUAUAAGAGAGGAAGGGUCCUGAAGGAGCCUGUAAACUUAGAGGGAGAUGAUGCAAGCCUCAUUCAUGGAAAGAUAUCCAGUGAGAUGUCAUCUCCAAAUUUUGGUAAAAAUAUUUAUCGCAAACAGAGUGGAUCACCAACUCUGGAUACUGCUCCCAAUGGACGAUAUGGAAUAGGGUACCUGAUGGCAGAUAUGCCAGAUAUGCCAGAAUCUGACUUGUAGCCAGGGGGAAAUAUCAGUGGGUUCUAUUUGGUUCAUUUGAUCAAUGAAUAUUGGCUCUACUAAGAGAAGCAUUAGGCUUCACUUAUCAGAGGGCGAUCUCAGGUGUUCUUUGGCUGUGAUCUUUAAUCCUAAGUAUAUGUAAAUUCAACUACAGCAUUCCUUCAGAUUCUUUGGUUUACAUUUGCGCAGAAAGAGUUACGGACAAAGCUUACAGUGAAUGAAGUUCAUGUUUGUCAGAAUUUUUCAAAAUACUGUUGGUGUUUUUUCAAGCAUUUCUAUCUCAAAGAAAAAAAAACAGGUGUUACCUCAGUUUGUAAUAAUUUCUGGUUUAAUAGUAUUGGCAAUUCAAAAAUGGUAUAAUUUAAAAUUUAUAAGUUUGCCUUCAGGGUAACCUCCAGUAUUACAAUGACAGUUCUGUAAGUUGGUGCCUCUAAGCACAUUUCCAUGAACAUAUUGUGUAGAUAGGCUGUACUUAUUUUGGUAGCAUUGAUACCUUCUUAGACAAUUAAUUGAAGAAAACUGCAAAAUAUUUUCUUAUGUAAUAGCUGUAUA